AUGAAAAGAGCCUGCUUAUUGAUUAUUUUUAUGGUUUUUCAAGUGAUUUUUGCUGAUAAUAGAUAUGAUUUUACGUUGGGAAAUCUGUUAGAGAGUCGUGAACAGUGUUCUGGGAUGUAUGGAAGAAAUAAUGUUAACAAGAAAUCAUCAACUAUUGAGGUUUUAUUUAGUAAGAAUCAAGAGGAGUAUAGGAAUGUUUAUAUUGUUAUAUUUGAAUGGGAGAAUAUAAGAUAUUUUGGAAAAACAUUACCAGAUAACAAGACAGUUUUCAUAUGUAAUGAUUAUGCUAUAUCAAAAGGAUUAUGUGAAAGUAAAGAUAUAAAUACACUUCUUACAAAUAUAAAAUUGGAAGAAAUACCAACAAUUUUUUUGAAACAGAUUAAUAUUAAAAAUACUACAAAAAUAGAAUAUAGAGUGAAAAAUACCGGAUAUUAUUGUGUUGGUUUGAUACCGAUACCAUUUUCUAAAUAUUUUGCUACUAUUAAUUGGAAUAAUUACUAUGGUAAACUUCCUGCAUCAGAAUAUCCUAAAUUGGCUUUCUAUGCCUUUAUAUCAACAAUAUAUCUGUUUAUUGGUUUUUUUUGGGGGGUUUUGUGUAUUAAACAUAGAAAAAAUAUUCUUUCAGUUCAAAAAUAUAUUACAGCUAUUAUUAUUUUCCUUAUAGUUGAAAUGAUAAUAUUAUGUGGGUAUUAUAAAUAUAUCAAUAUUAAUGGAUAUGAUUCUGGGUCUUUUAUUUAUCUUUCAGUCGUUGCACUUAUCAAUGCAGCUCGCAGCUCGUUUUCACUUUUUAUACUUCUUGUUGUUUCUAUGGGCUAUAGCAUAGUCAAACCAACUUUGGGGCCCGUAAUGAUAAAAUGCAGAUUAUUGGCAGCAUUUCAUUUUCUAUCUUCUGUUAUUUAUAUAAUAGUAUCAGCUUUUAAUUAUUGGAUAAAUUUCUUCCCGUUUAUAAUUAUAUCAUUAUUUUUAUUAUCUCUUACAUUUAGCAUAUUUUAUUUCUGGACAAUAUACUCUUUAAAUAAAACUAUAGUUGAUUUAGACCAUCGUAAACAAUACACUAAGGGUUUUAUAUAUAAAAAAUUACGAAUAUCUUUAUUUUUUACUCUUGUUUUAAUAACUAUUUACACUAUAAUUAGGAUUAUAUUUAUUUCUCGCGAAAACCUUAAAUUAUUUGCACCAUUAUAUUGGAGAAUUAGAUGGCUUGUAUUAUAUGGUUUUCUAGAUAUAUUAUAUUUAAUUGUUUUUGUUACAAUUAUUGUUUUAUGGAGACCUACUGUUAGUAAUAUUAGACUUGCUAUAAGUGACGAGGUUGUUCAAGAAGAUGAUUUUGAAGUUGAUGAUUUAGAUUUUAGUGGAACUGGAAAUUCUUCACCAAAUAGUUCAAACAAAGCAUCUCAAGAGUUUUUCAAUGAUAUAAAAAAGCCAUCAAAUAGAGAGAAAGGGAAUUUCAUGGCAUCUAAACAUAUGUUUUCUAUUGAUGACGGCCAGUUUCAUGAAAUAGAUGAAAAAAAUAUAAAUUUAAAAUAA